CUGAUUAUAACUACUACCGCCGAGGGCAGAUUCACAAUACAGGCUACAGCCAACCACUGCAAGAGCUAAGCUUAUUCCCUUCUGGCAAGCUGAGAAACCAGCAGCAUUCGAGUCUGGCUUCCAAAGCUUUCUCGUAUGGUUUUCCUGAUGUCAUACCUUGCAUCAAGCGGCCUGUGGCUGGACUUGGCAUCAGCAGCAAGCAUGUUUGCUCGGGUGAGGAUCUAAGCUUGAGCACGGCAAGUGGUGGAGGUAGGAAUCCAAUGCUACAAUUUGGGGAGAAUGACUACUUGGCUCUUCAAGUAUACCAGGGAUACCCGUGAUGAUCUUCUCAGCUUCUAGCAAAGGUUUCAGAGAUAUUAAUGUUAUUCCUAACAGAUGACACAGAAAGAAGACUAUAGUAUCUAUGGAUCAAACAGAAUGCCUUCGUCUAAUCAAUUCUUGUGGCAAUCUUUCACGAGUUCGUGAAGUUCACUCGAUCUUGAAACGCUCCCAUGGAAACGCUCUUUUUGGAGAUUCUUUUGUUUGUAACAAGCUCAUCGAGAUAUAUGGCAAGUGUGGGAGCCCUGGCGAUGCCAAGUCCGUGUUUGACGAGAUGGGCUUCUCGAAUUCCAUCUCCUGGGGCGUGCUUCUCCUGGCAUACACUCGAAAUGGCCUCCUGCGCGAUGCCAAACUCCUCUUCGACUCCAUGCCUCGCAAGAACAUCGUCUGCGCCACGACGAUCCUCACUGCGUUUGCGCAAUCUGGAGACGUUGCCAGAGCCAAGGAGGCCUUUGAUUCCAUGCCUUUGCACAAUUUGGUGGCUUGGAAUGCGAUUCUAAGUGCCUUUGCCAGACAUAGGCAUUUGGAAAUCGCGAAGGCGGUGUUUGAUUCUAUGCCGGAGCACGAUCUCAUAUCGUGGACUACACUACUCACAGCUUAUACACAAGAUUCCUUUCUUCUUCACGCAGUGAAAACGUUUGAAACAAUGCCAGAACGAGAUAUAGUUUCGUGGACGGCAAUGUUAACUGCAUAUGCCAUAUCCGGGCAUCUUGAAUCUGCGCAUGAUACUUUUCAAAACAUGCCGGAGCGGAAUCUCGUCUCGUGGAACGCCAUGUUGGCGGCAUAUUCGCAAAGCGGGAAUCUUAAAGAAGCUAGGAAUCUUUUUAGGGAUGUCCCCGAGACGGAUCUUGUGACCUGGAAUCUCUUGCUCACUCUAGAUGCUCAAAGCGGGAAUCUGUCAGUGGUAAAAGAAACUUUUGACGUGAAAAUGCCCCAGCACAAUCUGGUCUCCUGGAACGUAAUACUGUCGUCAUACUGUCAAGCUACGCGUAUCGAAGACGCCAAAUGUAUUUUUGAUUCUAUACCAUCACUCAACCUCAUUUCUUGGAACACAAUGUUGGCAGCAUAUACUAGAGCAGGGCAUCUUGAUGAUGCUAAGUUCUUGUUUGAGAGAAUGCCGCAGAAAGACAUUCUAUCCUGGACAUCUAUUCUGACUUCUGUUUCUCAAGAAGGUGAUUUAGAAUGCUUUGAGUCUGUUUUCUAUCGCAUGCCAGCCAGAGAUUCCUUCGCCUGGGCCACCAUGGUUAUGGCGUACACCCAAAACGGGCAUCUUCGCAAAGCAAAAUCUUGCUUUGAUCGAAUUCCAGAGUGGGAUAUCAUCUCCUGGACUUCUGUUCUUGCGAGUUUUACUCACAAAAGAAACCCCGCAGAGUCUCUACACCUCUUUGGAUCGAUGGAGAUGCUGGAUCCUCCAGACCAAGCUUGCUUCACGUCAGUUUUGAUCUCUUGCAGCCACGGAGGCAAGGUUGAGUCGGGAAGAUCCUGUUUCCUUUCCAUGAGAAUGAACUAUGGGAUCCAACCCACAAGGCAGCAUUUUUGCUGCAUGGUGGAUCUUCUAGCCAGAGCUGGGCAUCUGGUGGAAGCCCAAGAACUCAUCACAAACAUGCCCUUUGUUCCUGAUGCUUUCGACUGGACUUGCUUGCUCUCGAGCUGUAGAAGCUACAGAGACUUUGAUCAAGGUGGCGAGGCUGCGAAACAAGCGAUCUCCAUGUUUCCAACCGGAGAAGCUGCAUAUGUUCUGCUGGCAGCGAAUAAUACCAUUCAAGCUCUUCAUCCCGGAUGAAUCACUUUGGCAAGAGUGUGAA